AUGUCGGCUCCAAAUUCACGUUCGAUUUCCGAUGGAUCGUCCAAUGCCGAAGACUUAUACUUAGAGGCGUAUGCCUUCACCACAGCCGCAGCUCUUGUCGGGUCGGUCGACAGAAAGAUAUUUUUGUUGUUAAGAGACGGAAGAAACUUGUUUGGUGUCUUGAGAACGUUUGACCAAUUUGCCAACUUGGUAUUACAGGAUACCACGGAAAGGAUAUACUUGGAUGCAGAGGGAAGCAAGAGCUUGGAAAAGCCAGCCCGGUUUGGUGAAACUUAUAGAGGAGUAUUUAUGGUCAGAGGAGAAAAUGUAGUGAUGAUGGGAGCAGUGGAUAUCGACCAUGAGGAUGAACAUUUAGAGGUGUUACAAAAUAUUCCAUUCGAGGCUGCUGAAGCCGAGUUGAAGGCCAUUCAAAGGGAAAGAGUUCAAGCGGAAAAGCAGAAAACUAAGCUGUUGUUGCUGAGAGGGUUGAUUAACGAUUUCACGAAGUCUGACUUGUAUUAG